GCCAGGCGAGCUGGAGCUCGGGAGAGGCUCGGCGCAGAGUUGCGCGGCUCCUCAGGUGCUUCCUGGUUGACAGUCUGAGCUCUCAAGCACCAUGCCGGAACAAAGCAAUGAUUACCGGGUGGCCGUGUUCGGGGCAGGUGGUGUUGGCAAGAGCUCGCUGGUCUUGAGGUUUGUGAAGGGCACGUUCCGGGAGAGCUACAUCCCCACGGUGGAGGAUACCUACCGGCAGGUCAUCAGCUGUGACAAGAGCAUCUGCACGCUGCAGAUCACGGACACCACGGGCAGCCACCAGUUCCCCGCCAUGCAGCGGCUGUCCAUCUCCAAGGGGCACGCCUUCAUCCUGGUCUACUCCAUCACCAGCCGGCAGUCCUUGGAGGAGCUCAAGCCCAUCUACGAACAGAUCUGCGAGAUCAAAGGGGACGUGGAGAGCAUCCCCAUCAUGCUGGUGGGGAACAAGUGUGAUGAGAGCCCCAACCGCGAGGUGGAGAGUGGCGAGGCCGAGGCCCUGGCCCGCAAGUGGAAGUGCGCCUUCAUGGAGACCUCCGCCAAGCUCAACCACAACGUGAAGGAGCUCUUCCAGGAGCUGCUCAACCUGGAGAAACGCAGGACCGUGAGCCUCCAGAUCGACGGGAAAAAGAGCAAGCAGCAGAAGAGGAAAGAAAAGCUCAAGGGCAAAUGCGUGGUCAUGUGAACGCCCUUCCAUGGGAGAAGCCGCAGCGUGUCCCCCAUUCCGUCCCCUUCCCCCCACCACGUGACACCACCGUCGUCAGGGUAGCAUGUAUGAUGCCCACCUGUUCAAUAUCGCCUUUUGACAGAGAUGUGCCCUGUCGUCCCUGAGAGGGCAUUUCACACCGCCUCCGAUCAGCGCCCCUCUCUGGAAUCAGGGACUCUGCCCAGCGGCUUAGAUGGAAACCCGUGUGCCCGGCAGCACAGGGGACCGCCACAGGUGCCAGCCAUGGCCCCUGGUGGCUGUGCCCGGAGAAGGCUUGGGGCUGGUAUGGGCGGGAGUGGGUCCCCUCUGCAUGCAUGUGACAGCCUGUGACCCAGAGCUACAGCCCACCCAGCCCGGGCCUUUCCCUCCGGUGGCGGAGCUGGUCAUCCUUGGAGGCGGGAAGGGGGUGGGAGGCGAGGAGACCAGGCCAACACGGUUCCUUCCAUUUCAGGUUCUCUAGUAAAAUCACAAAAAAAAUGACACAGCAUCCCCCUCCGCCCCCGAGGGUGCUCACUGUUGGGUCCCUGGCUCCGGGGAGCCUUGCCCCUCCAAGGGGAUGCACUCACCUCACUAGGCCUAGUUAGCAGGCAUCCCCAUCCCCGUUUGGAGUAUUUAUUUCCCAUACAAUGAUGAGUUCUCGAAGGGCGUCCUGCUGGGUCAGAGACCCUUCCAUGUGGGAGUGAGGAUAUUUUGACGUGACUAGAGCAGCUCCCUAAGGCUCUGCGUGUUACACUUGAGGAUUUUAGAAAUGUGCUUUAUUUUCCUUCCUUUGACCCAUGAGUGGUAUGCUUCUUCCAGCCCCUCAGAUUUUAAAUAAAUGCAAUUAAAGUAGCUAUUUUUAGACAAUUAUUUUCCCUCCAAAAUAGUUUCCUUCUUUUCAGUAACUCUGUCUGUAUCCAGCUGGGGAACAGCCAGCAAAGGCCACCCAAAGACCAGAAGCACAUCCGUUUUCUAAAUCACAUGGGUAUCUAAACGCCAUACUUUGCACCUCAACAAAAUACUUUGAAACAGAAGUUGUUCACUGUGUUUUUGAUGAUCUGUCUAUCACAGAAGUAUACUCCUGGAAAAUGUGCUCGAGUAAUAGAUUAUCUUGCAUGCUCCCUCAGAAGUGUCUUCUAAGAGCUGUUCGAUGCCAUGUUCACUCUGGAAACAGUUAUCUUUUCCUCUUAGUGACCUUGUGUGCAUCCUUGAUCCUCUGGACCAAAUUAGGGCCCCUGCCGGUUCCUGCAUGCUGGUGACGAGAUGGACGGUGGCCAGUGGCUGGAGACAGGAAAGCUGCUCUGUUGUGGGCCGGGCACAGUCCACUCAGUUGCUCUGUCCAGUCUGGUUUGGCUCUGCUUCCAGAAAGUUCCCAGCCUGUGAGUCCUCCUAUUUGUUCCAGUCUGUGUAGCUCACACUUGGCCUGGACUCUAGAAUCUUCCUUCCAGCAGUGCUCCCUGCCUGGCAGAUAGAGGAAGCUCUGGGCUGGUACAGGGAGCCCCCAGCUGUGGGGCCUCUGCACCAGCCUCAGCAGAGAGGUCCCCAACUUGGGGACGUUUGCGUGCACCUUCUUUGGUUCUGCUCCGCUCUCCUGCCGUAGCCAGGAUCUCCCUCCUGCCCUCGGCAUAUCCUCAUCAGCCCUUUGUGAUUAAAUGUCCUUGCUUUUGCUCAUCUUCCAUACUCUGCUGGCAGGUCCCCCUGUGGUAUGUGUCCGUGUGUGGAGGCACCUUUGAGAAUCAGCGGCCUCACUGUCUUCCCGUAUCUUGGCCAACUAGAGCCACCCUGAGGAGGGGGGCAUGGAUGUGGCCUGGGAGCCAGUGGGGUCAGGGACCCCAGAACACCCCAGCCAGACCUGAGGCCCCAUCCAGUCCCAAUGCAUGCACCCUCCCUGUGGUGGCAGCCCCACAGUCUUUACAGUGACACCUAGUUGGUGAACUUCCUAGAACAUUUAUUUUCCAACCUAUCCCUAUUUUUUUUUCUGUUUCUAUUCUCAGAAAGAUGUUAUCAGUUUGUCAUUUGGAUGUGGGUUCAGUGGAAGAAGAAAUAGGACUUGGUGGCCACAGUGGGAGGCUGGGGGUUGGCCAUGGGCUGCAUGUCCCUAAGGCUCCCAAGCAUGAGGUCUCUCUGCCGGGCGUCCUUUUCCCACAGAUAUAAGUCACAGUUCCCGUUCUGCCUCUCACAUCGAAUGUCUAGAGCUUCACCAACAGGAGAAGCUUCAGAUGGUUGAAAAUUGAAGUGCGCUUGGGACACAUUCUGUUCCUUUGUGCUUUGCCUGUGGGUCUGUAGGAAGGUCAUUGAUGCCUCAGCCGCAGGUCUUUGCUGUGAUUUUCUAUGAACUGCGCUGAGGGUUUGACGAUUAUCUCAAAAUAGUCUUUGAGGAGAUCCCCGUUGUCUCAGGGCUCCAGGAGUUAGCUCCUCAGGAUCAGAUGUGCUUAGCAUGUAUGUGGCCCCGUCCUCAAUAUGUAGCUGUGGUUCCAGAGGAUCCGUCCCACGUUGCACAUGGGCACAGAGGUUUUGGACCGAGCCACACCAUACGUCACAAAACUCCAAAUAUUGCUUUGAAGAUGGCAUUCCAGGGAUAAGCAUGGGGUUCCACGAGCCCCUUCUGUCCCUUCCCAUCUCUCCUCCAUCUGGUAACAAGCCAUGGGCGUGCCCUGGGCAUGCAUGCAAUACAGCAGGACCAAACAAGAGCAAUAUUGAAUUGUUCAUUAGAUCUCAAAUUAUAUAUAUCUAUAUAUGUAUAUAGAUAUAUAUAAUUUAUCUUCCUGCAUUUUUGAAGUAUAAAGCCGUACACUGUACAUACCUGUAAGCUAGCAUCCUUGUUUCACCAUUUCUAAUAUUUAAGAAAUGUGCAUUCUUUGUAGAACAAACGACUAUUAAAGGUUUUAAAAACUGCUCUGUGAUACGUCAUUUCCUUUUCAAGAUUUGUAACGUGUCGCCCAUACAUCAGCUCUCUGGAAACAUCCAUCACUAACGGGACACACGUAAACCCUGGAAGCAUCCUGGAACUCGGUCCGCCACAGAGACCGAAUGUGGACAGAGUAUUGACAGAGCAUGACUUUUAUACGUGUGUAUAUUUAUAUUUAUGGUGUAUAUUGUUACAACUCCAUGAUCUAUUUUAUUUGUUCUUCAGUUACAAAAGCCACCCUUGCAUACCAGUUUCUAGUUGCCCGUGAUGUUCUGAACAUAAUGAAACCUAUUGUAAUAAAGCUUCAGUUUUGACCCCC